GCAACAAUCCUCUCUCUCUCUCUCUCUUUCUUUCUUCCCAAAACCUCAAACUCACUCCCAAAACACAGCCAAACCCUAGACCCUAAAACCCUAAUAAUGGCGGCGGACACCAGCAAACCCUUCUUCCCCGUGGAAUCCCGUCACCGGCCUCGCCAGCCCAAAACCCUAACUCCCAAAUCGAGAUUCUGGCGUUCUUUCAAAUCGGCCCCUCUCUCAAAUAAUCUAAUUCUUCCCGUAACUUCUAUUGAGUUCUCGCCUUUGGCUCCUCACGAUCUCGCGUUUUCCGUGUCGGCGUCGAUUCAUUUGUAUAGUGGGAGUUCUCUGACGCCGAAAUCGUUUUCGCCGUUGGGUUCUUUCUCUGAUGUUGCGUAUUCGCCUUCGUUUCGAUGCGAUGGGCAGUUGCUUGCUGCUGGGGGAGAGUCUGGACUCGUUCAGGUCUUUAAACUUGAUAAGGCUGGCCAUGCUAUCCGUCGCCUACGUGCACACUCUCGCCCUGUACAUGUAGUUCGUUACCCUCGAAUUCUUGACAAGCUACAUCUAUUUUCUGGAGGCGAUGAUGCCUUCCUAACUUACUGGGAUGUACCCUCUGAGACCCAACUCUUAACAGUCCCUGGAGCCCAUAAAGACUACAUUCGCGCUGGCUCUACAUCCCCAAUCAGCUCAGAAGUCAUAGCCACGGGAUCGUAUGAUCAUUCUAUCAAAGUUUGGGAUGUUAGAGUAUCAAAUAGUUCAAGCCCAGUUAUUAAUUUUGAUCAUGGACACCCAGUUGAGAGUGUACUCUUCUUACCUUCUGGUGGUCUUAUUGCAACCGCUGGGGGUAAUAGUGUCAAAAUUUGGGAUGUUAUCGGUGGCGGGAGAUUGAUUCAUACAUUGGAUAGUCAUAAUAAGACAGUAACAUCAAUGUGUCUCGGAAAAAUUGGUACUGAAAAUGGCGGAGAGAGUAGAAUUAUGAGCGUGUCAAUUGAUGGGUAUUUGAAAUGUUUUGAUUUUGCUGCUCUUAAAGUUACUCAUUCAAUGAGGUACCCAGCUCAGUUGUUGUCUGUGGGGUUCUCUCCAUCAGGAAUAGCUCGGGUUGUGGGGACUUCAAAUGGAAAUGUAUAUAUUGGAAAGAAAAAGAAAAAGGAUGAUGAGAAGAUGGAAAUUGUUGAUGACUUCAGUGCUUUUCGUCCUGAGCCUAAAGAAAAGGUUUUGAGGCCAACCAAUUUUAGAUACUUUCAUCGCGGCCAAAAUGAGAAGGCACUUCAAAGUGAUUUUGUUGUGAAGAAGCCAGCCAAGGUGAAAUUGGCAGAGCAUGAUAAGCUUUUGAAGAAGUUUCGGCAUAAAGAUGCACUUGUUUCUGCAUUGAAUGGAAAAAAUCCUAGUGGCAUUGUGGCAGUUAUGGAAGAAUUGGUAGCAAGAAAGAAGCUUGUUAAGUGCGUGGUGAAUUUGGAUGUGGAUGAGCUUGGAUUGCUAUUAGGGUUUCUUCAUAGAAAUGCUACAUUACCGAGAUAUGCAAGGUUUUUGAUGGGUUUAGCGAAGAAAGUUAUUGAGUUAAGGUCUGAGGAUUUGCAGAGUUCAGAAGAGUUGAGGGUUCAUGUCAGGAAUUUGAAGCGGAUGGUUGCUGAGGAGAUAAAGAUACAACGGUCUUUGCAAGAGAUUCAAGGGAUGAUCUCGCCUUUGCUCGCAAUUGCUGGAAGGUAGAUUUUUGUUGCUGCAGCUUUCUGAUGUAUGAAUAUGAUAUCUACACAUCGUUUUUCGAGGCACAAGUUAAUGUAGACAUUUUUAUAUAGGGGUUUUUUGCUAUUUUCCUUUAAUUCAUGAGUUUUGUAAUCGGUAGAAGGCUUUGCGUUGCUACCAGAUUGCUUGUUGUAUUUGAUGCCUCUACAAUCAGUUCUAUAGAUGCUUUGGUUCUUGAUUAAUUGAACCUGUAACCAGUAAUUUGUUUUUGCAAUUCAGUUUGUUAUUUAAUAGU